GAUGACCAUCUCUGCCCGUGGUUUGCUGUGAUAGACAGCUGAAACUCCUCCUAAGAGAUACUAUUAUUCUCUGUGUCAUAGCUUCUGAAAUUAAAAAAAAAAAGAGUGGAGAACAACAGUGGAUUUCUGGACUUUACGUCAUUUUUAAAGUGGUGGAAAUCUUAAAAUCGUAAUUAUUCUCUCUGCUUUUCUUUCAUGAAGGAUCACAGAGGAGCUGCAAGUCUAAUUUUGGGCAUUCGACGGAAUGAACACCAUCCUUAUCUCCUCACUGCUGGGUGUAGCCGCAGUUGUUUUCCAAGUUGCUGCAUCUGAAGAGUCUCUGAGAGCCAGUGUGUCCGUGUGGCCUCCGGGGUCAAACAUCUACCUUGGUGAUUGUGUGUUGCUGCAGUGCUCAGUGGAGUCAAACUCCAGUGUUGCGUGGAGCUACCGGUGGUUCAGGCACAAACCACACCUUGCUCCGACCCCAGACCCCAGGCACCUGUUCUCCGGCGACAGCUACUCCAUCACUGCGGUAACGAGGGAGGACGCGGGCAGCUACUGGUGCCAAGCCGAGCGGCGGGGGAGCAACGCCACCUCUGUGGUGUUCCACAGCCAACCGGCCAAGCUCAGUGUGUCAGAGCUGCCCCCUCCCUCGCUGACUCUGACUCCCAGCACCAGACAGCUCUUCAGGGGGGAGCGUUUCGCUGUGCGGUGCCCCGCGUCUCAGACUAACUCCUCAGGCUGGAUGCUCAGGCUGUUCUCUCCGGGCCGAAGAGUGAGGAAAAGAGUGCUCCACACCGACCGGUGCUCACCACUAGGCGGCGCUGUUAGCGCAGACAGGCCUGAUUCGUGUGUGUUCACUGCUGUCAGCGGAAACAGUGGGCUGUACUGGUGUGAGGGCGCCGAGGGCCGCAGCAACGCAGUCAACAUCACAGUAAGCUAUGGUACCAUCAUCCUGAAGACUCCAGCCUUCCCCGUAUUUGAGGGUGAUGCAGUGGUCUUGUAUUGCCAGUACUGGACCGACAACCACAGUAACACAUCCUUCUUUAAAAACGGAGCAGAAAUCGUCACUUCGACGUCUUCCUUGUCAGACAGAGUAAUAAAGAUGACUAUUGAGAAUGUGACACGGGACGACGAAGGCCUCUACAGGUGUGCGUCCCAGGACAGAAAGAUGGAGAGCCCGGGGAGCUGGCUCUCAGUGAGACCGGGCCGAGGUAACGUCACGUCAGAUGGGACGGCAGCCUCCAGAAGUGAUUCCUGGAAAUGGAUCAUUGUUUGUUGUGGAGCUGUGCUUCUGUUCCUCAUUCCUCUAACUGUUUGUCUAGUUCGUCUUUACAGGUACCAGACGCUUUGCAUCCGGAACUGCUGGCCGGUUUCCAAAGAGGAUCUACCAGCAGUGGAGCUUCCUGCAACUAAGCAGGACGUGACAGAAGUGCAGUGGGACCUGUCCUGGAUGGAGAUGUCCAACCUGUUGGAUAAGCAGUUAUAUCCUGGCACUUAAAGUAUCAGUCUCACCUGAAGUAUAUAGAAAAUACUACCUGCAGUGAAACCUAUGAGAUAACGCAGUUCAGUGCUGCUUGAAACAGGAAGUAAGAACAGUUUGUAGUAACUGAGAGUCAAAAAGAGUUUCUACUGUUGGCCCAAUGAGCCUGUGGUUUGUUUAAAUGGUUCUUUCUUUGAAUAAUCUUUAAAUGGUUUCAGCUGAACAAAGUCUGCAAUAAUAUCAAAAAGACAAUCUUCAUAAUGUUUUCCAAUGAAAACCAGAAAUACCCUGAAGAUUCAGAACAUUUACAGAUAACCAUCAAAUCGUGUGUCUCUUUGACAAAUGAUCUUUUUAGAUGAAGUUUUUACCUGAAAAUCCACAUUUCUGAAAAGUUAAUGAACAUUUGAAAUAUUGAGGAAAGUUUGUAUUAUUGUUUAGUUUAUCCACGUAUUAGCUGUUGUAAAUUGUUUUGAUACUACUAACACAUCCUACCUUAACAAGAUGCUUUAAAUUCUGAAAAAGUCAUGACGAUGACAAUCACUUCAAGUAGCUGCGACUCACCUGUCCCACUGUUCAGCAAAUGUAUUCAGUAUUUAUCUCGUUCAUGUUUGAUUGUACCCAGCAGCCACUGGGAAAUUUCACAAAAUGUUUUUAAGUCCAUUUUCAGAGUUCAUCAAAGGAUUUAAAUUGACCAUAUCCCAUUAAAUAUAGAUGUCCCUCUCUCUUGGCAACAGUGUGAAAUCAUUACUUGUCUUGUUUUUGAGCUUCUUUUAUGUUCCUCGUGACUGCUCUUGAUAUUUUUCUUUGCUUUGUCUUGCUCUCUGGUAUUUAUGAUUGUACUUGAUUGAAUUGUUUCGUACAUGUUUUAGAUAUGGAGAACAACUACAAAGACAUGUGAAAGAACUAUAAGGAAGAACAAGGCAUUAGUGGUCGUGUCUCCUUCAGUCUGGAUGUCCUGUCUCAAGUAGAAGGGGUGGUGGGUUUUACAAGUCUGUACCCUGGGGUUCAUUGUCUUAUAAUCCAUUCACGGUCACUCCCCAAUCUCUGCCGUGUGGAUCUUAUCGCUUUAGGACUGGCAAGGUCAGAGCCUUGACAUCAGACAUGAACCCUGUACACACUCUGCAUGCACAUAAUGGCAGACUGAAAGACAGGUGUGUACCGUAAUUCACAGUCUACUGGAUGCAAAUUUAGAAGCCAUUUCUUAUACAUACCAUUAUGUAUCUGUCAGGCUAAUUAUGAGAGCAUGAUGUAUUACAUUACUGUAAAAUAAAUACAUAUGCAUAU